AUGCACACACACACCUCUAACUCCUCCCUCUGAUCAGCUCAGUGUCCUGGGAGCUGCUCCGUCUUUGCUCUAAUCUCAGAGGACAUCUUUCGUGAAGGCGAACCAAGAGACUACAUCCACGCAGGUAUAGUUGAACGGUUAACCUGCAUGUGCGCAGGAUGCCUUUCGGAGGGGGGAACAAAUGUGGCUGCUGCCAGAAGACGGUCUACUUUGCAGAGGAAGUGCAAUGCGAAGGAAAGAGCUGGCAUAAAUCCUGCUUCCUGUGCAUGGUGUGCAAGAAGAAUUUGGACAGCACAACAGUGGCUGUGCACGUGGACGAGAUCUACUGCAAGUCGUGCUACGGCAAAAAGUAUGGGCCGAAAGGCUACGGCUUUGGCGGGGGAGCGGGGACCCUCAGCAUGGAUACGGGAGAGGGUCUUGGAAUCAAGCCCCCGGUAGAAUCUCCGCACAAUCCUACCAAUAACCCCAACGCCUCCGCAUUUGCCAAGAAAGCUGCAGGCUCCGAUGUUUGUCCACGCUGUGGCAAAACGGUCUACGCGGCGGAGAAGGUUAUUGGAGGGGGCAACUCAUGGCAUAAAGGUUGCUUCCGCUGCGCUAACUGCGGCAAGGGACUGGAGUCCACCACUGUGGCGGACAGAGACGGCGAGAUCUUCUGUAAAGGUUGCUACGCUAAGAACUUUGGACCGAAAGGUUUUGGUUUUGGUCAGGGUGCUGGAGCUCUGGCUCAUUCCCAGUGAAGUCCAAAGUCUUUUUAUGUUCAUCACGCUGCUUCAGCUGCAGACACGCUGAAAACAAAGCAAGGGGAAAUGUACUGGGGGCAAAAAGAAAGGUCAUAUCUUAAUGAGAAGAAGUUAUAUGAAAAUAAAAGUUGAAAACAUGGCGACUCACGUUAACAGAAAAAAAAUCUGAAUGCUGUGCGAGAAAUUCUAUUUUUUUUGAUAGGUCUAUACAAUUGUUUGUGUAACAAAGUUUCCAAAGUAAUGUCGUUCUUAUGGUUGUAAUGUUAUUGUUAAUUUUUUUUCUCCUAACAUUACUUUUUUUUUUUUUUAAUUCAAAAAUAAAUUAGACCCAGACUUUAUUCUGGAAAUAUCAUGAAUAUUUCUUUCUUUUCUUUUUUAAGUGGUCCCGAUGCGCCCCUUGCUAGAAGUGACACUACGGACCAAUAGAAAUCUUUCACACAAAUUAGCCACAACAUUUAUUUUUUGUUGAUAAGCAAUGAUCUUCACUGCAGCCAUCCAUGUGUGUGAGUAGAAUAGAAGCAAACAGAAAGAGGUCAGUGGCCACAUCCGAGCACACUUGUACUUUAUUGAUUUUGACGUUGCUGCCUCUUUAUGUACCUUGAAUGCCAGCUUGGCGACACGCAAAAUAAACAUGCAGUAUCCAUGUCA